AUGUCAACUCGCGGACGCGGUCGCGGGCGAGGUAGAGGUAGGACAGGCACCGUUACUCCUGCCCCCAUAGGGACUGAUCCAGUAGACUUUAUAGCUGCCCUGGGAAAUAUGGCUGCAGCUAUGCAGGCGACAGCUGAGACACUGGGUAAUCAGAUAAAUCAGGGCUAUCAUGGAAAUAAUAAUGAUGAGGAUGGUCCUAUGACACUUGCUACAUUUCUAAAAGUUCAUCCUCCAACCUUUAGGGGAACCUCAAAUCCCACUGAUGCAGAUAAUUGGAUUCAGGCUAUGGAAAGGGCAUUACAGGCACAACAGGUUCCUGAAGAGCAAUGGGUUGAAUUUGGAACUUAUCAGUUGCAAGGUGAAGCUCAAUAUUGGUGGCAGGGAACACGACGUAUCCUGCAGCCUGAUGGUGCUGCGAUUCCUUGGGAGGUUUUUCGGACAGAGUUCUAUAAGAAAUACUUUCCUAAUUCAGCCAGAAAUGCCAAGGAACUUGAAUUAAUGCAGUUAAAGCAGGGACAAAUGACUAUUGCUGAGUAUACCAGUAAAUUUGAGGAGUUAUGUCGCUUUUCUCGUAUCUGUCAAGGUGCGCCUGAAGAUUUUGCUGAAUGGAAGUGUAUUAAAUAUGAAGGAGGUCUUCGGAGUGAUAUUCUGAGCUUCGUUGCCCCAAUGGAGAUCAGGGUGUUUUCUGAAUUGGUGAAUAAGAGUAGGGUGGCUGAGGAUUGUGUGAGGAAGGCGGCAGCAGAGAAAGGAAGUUUGAGGGUGCCUUUUCAGAGACCUUCAGGAAGGAACUUUGCUCCGAGAGGGAAGAAGAUUUGGGAAGCAGCCACAGCAGGAUCUGAAUUGUCAGAGGUGCGGAAACCUGGGCAUAUAGCCAGUAAUUGCCCAGAGAAGAAGAAGUAUGAGACUGGUAGGGUGCAGCAGCCGGGGAGAGUAUACACCACUUCUACCGUAGGUGCUGAGGGAUCUGAGACACUGAUUAGAGGUAAUUGUGAAAUGGCUGGUAAAAUCUUAAAUGCUUUAUUUGAUUCAGGAGCAAGUCAUUCAUUUAUUGCAUUUGAAAAGGCCCAUGAAUUAGGAUUGAGAAUGGUGGUUUUAGGUUAUGAUUUAAAAGUAUAUAAUGCUACUCAUGAAGCUACGGUGACUAGGAUAGGAUGUCCACAAGUUCCUUUUCGAGUACAACAGCGUGAAUUUGUGCAUGAUUUGAUUUGUUUGCCUAUGACUGGUCUUGAUCUCAUUUUGGGAUUGGAUUGGUUAUCCAAAAAUCAUGUUUUGCUUGAUUGUUCUGAGAAGUCAGUACAGUUUAUGCCGGAAGGGUCAGAAGCACCGGUUGUGGUGAAUAGUUACUAUUUAAAUUCUAUGAUAGUAACCUGUUCUGGAACUGAAUGUCAGGGUAUUAUGUUAUUAACUGCGGGAGUAUCAGGUGAUGAUCAGAGUUUAGAGCAGAUUCCGGUUGUAUGUGAAUUUCCAGAUGUGUUUCCGGAUGAUAUUAAUGAAUUCCCACCUAACCGAGAGGUUGAAUUUGCAAUCGAGUUGGUACCUGGAUCCGGUCCAAUUUCGAUUACUCCUUAUAGGAUGUCACCUUUAGAAAUGGCGGAAUUGAAAGCUCAGCUGGAAGAUUUAUUGGGUAAGCAUUUCAUCCGACCAAGUGUUUCUCCGUGGGGAGCACCAAUGUUACUAGUAAAGAAGAAGGAUGGGAGUAUGCGUUUGUGUGUCGACUAUCGGCAGUUGAAUAAGAUCACUGUGAAGAACAAAUAUCCGUUGCCUAGAAUCGAUGAUCUAAUGGAUCAGUUACAGGGAGCCGGUGUGUUUUCUAAGAUUGAUCUGCGAUCCGGAUAUCAUCAGAUAAGGGUUAGAGAUGAGGAUGUUCCAAAGACUGCUUUCAGGACGCGUUAUGAUCAUUAUGAAUAUACAGUAAUGUCUUUUGGGUUAACUAAUGCCCCGGCAGUAUUUAUGGAUUAUAUGAACAGGAUUUUCCGACCGUAUCUGGACAAGUUUGUCAUUGUCUUCAUUGAUGACAUUCUUGUUUAUUCUAAGUCUGAAGAGGAACAUGCUGAACACUUGCAAACUGUGCUGCAAAUUCUGAGAGACAGAAAGUUGUAUGCUAAGUUAUCUAAAUGUGAGUUCUGA